AUGCACAUACAUUGCAUUCUGCGACCGGCAUUGUGUGUCCCCCUCUUACUCUCGCUGAGGGACGGCAACCAAGCAUGUGCAACUGCUUCCGACGCCACUCAAGUAAGCCUCAACUCAUCAGCUCUGGAUGACACCGAGUCCGCCGCGGAGCCGGGUGUCUCAGAUGUGGCGAAGAAUAUUCGCGAAGCCAUAAAAAGCGAGGACCGGAUGAUCGAUGUGGAAGCGCUAUUGAGGUCGGCCCCUUAUGUAUCUGACGCUGUGAAAGGCUUUAGGGCUUCCGGUCUCAAGGAACCUCUGGGCUUUCCGACUCUUUCAUCGCACACCUAUAUGAACCAUCAGGCCGAAGAAAUUGUCAGGAGCGCGGAUGAAUUGGGCGUGUCGGAUCUUGCAGCCCGGCUGAAGAGCAAUCAGCUUCUAGGAUCGGGAUCCGCGCGUGAGAAUGCUGACAUGGCAAUCAGAACCACGUUGUUCGCCAGGACCCCGGAAGAAGUGGCAAAGGAGCUUCUAUUGCUUCGCGUGGAGAAGGACAUGGAAAGCGAGGCCGAAAAGCUGCAUAGACAAUUCAUUGUAGAGCUCGCAGAUCAUCCGAACGUGGUGUCUGGCGCGUGGGAGAAGUUGGGAUUAAAUCCCAAUGAGGUUCUCAAGGGACUCGGCUUGCACAAGACAACGACCUCGAGCUCCAGUGAUUUCGAAGCUGCUGAGUCACAGUGGCGACAUUACAUCAAUCUGUACGUCAAAAAUCACCCGAAAUCGUCCAAGGCCGAAGACUGGUUGGAUCCUGUACGUCGGGGUGGAAGAUCGCACGACUACAGCCGAGGAAUUGCGAUCCGGCCUGGCCAUGUUUCGUCUCCCAACAUGCCGAUCAAUCAUCACUCUGAUGCAAACACUUUCGUCGACCGGUUGAAAUCCCUGCGCCCUGCAAGUGAUACCUCGGCGGUAAGCAAGGACGGCCAGAUGCUCACCCGAAUCGAGGAGUUCACUCACUUCGCCAAAAAAGCGAUUUGGGACGUGAAGAGUUUUGCAAGUUUGCUGGAUCGGCACCUUAAGAAGUCAGAGGGGUCCGGAUUCGUCACACCUGACGAGGUAGUUAAGGUGUUGAUGUCUCACAAAACCCUUACGGAUGUGGUGCGUUUGCUGGUAUCGCUUCACCAGUAUAAGUACCAGCAGGCCACGGCUACCGAAUUACACAAGAUCCUCAUAAGACGCAUCGGGGAUCCAGACGAGAUGUGCGCUGCGUGGAUUAUACAGGCAUUGCGUCCCGAAACGUUGGGCGAAUACCUCGGUGUAAAGUCCUUGGAUGCAAACAACCACUUUGAUAAGAUGUCGCUCAAUGCGUAUUUGAACUACGAUGCUCGGUACAAGAAGGAGUUUCAACGGGCACUCAGAGGCAAGAACGCGGCGAAAGAUGUCGCACCAAACAAAGGAGCAGAAGAACUGGAUUUCCACAUUGAAGACAUUGACAACCAUCCCGGCGACCUCGCUCGACUGCCACACAAUGAUUUCGAUGGCAUGUCGAGGAAACAGCAGACCAAGGACGCGGGCGUGCACAGUACACACAUGGGAGGGAUUGUCGGGCCAAGGCGAGCUGGCGUAGUGAUGCGUUAA